GAUGACUACGAAACCGUCACUAAAAAUACCUUCCGGUAUUCGGUUUUCAGUUCUCCAGAGAUCUUUUAUUUCAAGAAUCCUUUAAAAGUUUGACGGAUAUUCAUAAUUUAUUUACAUGUUUUGGCAUUCUCUGAACUUUACAACGUUCGUAACACUUGGGAACUCUGAUUCAUUCAAUCAACAAGGGCUGGUUAAUAUUUUCUAUGAUAGAUAGUUCCCAUUAUAUUACACGUUGAAUCGAGAUAUCCUGUGUUCCGUACAGAAACGUCCUGAGCAUAUGAACCCGCCCUUCUCGUGAACACAAUUGAUCGCCGAGAGACUUAUUUUUCAAAGUCGUCUGGUCAUGUCGAUCAGACACUCGCUGAAACAAAACCUAGUGAAAGAGACGCUUUAUGCUGUUUGUUGCUGAGAAGCGUCGACAACCGAAGCACUUGUACAUGUAUGUAUAUACAAUAGACACUCUACACGAGGCGGGAUAGGUAAAGCGAUAUUACAGAAAUUGGAAAUCAUCACCGGUUGCUGAAGUAGUUUUCCUGAGAAUAACUAUAAUGGAAGAAAACGAAACCGAAAGUCUUGGCGAAUCACAUAAGCAGUGCUUUUCAUGGAUGAAAGAGACCUUAACUAAACCCAAUGUAACUCUUGAAGAGAUAAACCAGCAACACAUCCGUCGUUUUCAUGGAGGUCUUGUGUUACUAGGUCUAGUAAUAGUGACGGGAAUGAUUGGGAAUAUGCACGUGCUUGUUUUAUAUUACAAAAAAUUCAAAGUAUCCAAUUACCGCCUUUUCAUAAUUUGGUUAAGUUGCUUGGAUAUGAUAAACUGUUGUGUUAGUGCCCCACUCAUGGUGUUUUAUCUGCUUCACCCUCUAACUUACCCCUUCGAUGGAUUUUGUAAGAUAACCCGGUUUACCUUGUACUUUUGUGCCAUUGCGUCUACUUCCGCUAUGGUUGUCAUAGCAAUAGAACGGUACCGGAAGAUCAUGACCCCACAUUCCACGCAGAUUUCUCUACAGAAAGCGAAACUGAUGUGUCUGAUUAGUCUAGUAGUUGCUGCGAGCCUUUCGUGGCCAGCUCCAAUACUUUAUGGACUAACCCAAGUUCCAACUGGAGUAGAAGGUGUGCACGGAGUGCGAUGUCUGACUGACAACGCGUACAAGAACACAAACUAUAUGACCAUAUAUCAUUUCACCACUCUUGUGUAUUUCGUGAUUGUCUCGGUGUGUCUGAUAAUAGUCUAUGUCUGCAUAGCAAAAAGAGUUCUGAAAUCCGGGAAAUUCAAAGAUCGCGUGAGCAGUGUUUCUUUAACUUCAGACACUCGAGCGUCAAACGGAAGCUGUGUCACUAAAACCGUCACCAAGACAUUUACUUUUCUGACGGUGACGUUAGCUUAUAUCGCAUGCGCAACGCCGCAUCAUGUUUUGGCUUUACUCUACUUUUUAUCGCACAACUUCGACUGUAAACUGUCUCUUGGAGAAGCUCAGCUCUAUUAUGCUUUUGUAUGGUCGUAUUUCCUAAAUAACACAAUCAACCCCUGCAUUUAUGCUUACCGUGACAAGAAAUUUAGGGAGGAGUUGGAAACCAUAUACAGUUCUUGCCUAGCAAAAUGUUGUGCUGUCAAAUAAAGUGGUUAUUUAUCAAAAUGACGUCUGCACCAUCGGGCAAUUCGCUUGGUAGUUUUCAUUUGUCAAUUAAGACUUAUUCCGCACAUUCUUUGAAUUGCCUUUUGAAAAAUCAAUAAAUGAAGACACGUUAA